AUGAACACAGGCACAGGCAACAAGGAGCGCUCGCCACAAGACAAUCAGCGCCCAGGUGCUACGGGAGGCCACAAGCGUAGCAGUGUGUUUGGCUCAAGUUCAAAUAUAUUUGGUCACAAACCUUUAACGGCUUCUCAACCUUCAAAAACUACAAAUGAAAUCAAGAACAAUGCACCUUCAAUUCAAAGUCGUGAGAAACCUAGUUCAGAGGAUGCUAAGGAGAAAUCUGAUUCAAAAGAAGCUGAGCAUAUCAUCACAGAUUCAAGUAACAAUAAAGAUACCAAAGAACCAAAUGAGUCCACAAAUACCACAACUGACCCAAUAAAGUCUGAAGAUAAACUUGUCAAAGAAGGUUCUGAGAUUGAAGAACUAGCAUCUGGUAAAUCCAAACCUUCAACAUCGUUUGCAAGUUAUCUUUCGAAUGUUAAGAAAAGAAAACAAGAAAUUGAAGAGAAGAAAAUCAAAGAAUUGGAGGAAACCAAAGCAAAUCCAACCACUUCGUCUAACGAAGAUGUCACCAUGACAGAAGACAGUGUCGCAGAUGUUAAUAUAGAGGAAAAUCAACAACCAGAAGCAAAGAGACAAGUGUCCACUGAAAGUACAUCAACUGAAGUAAAGAGGGAAGAUCCAACCAUUCAAGAAACUCCUAAAGAUAAAACCUCUGACGCUUCCAAGAGUCCAGUUUCAACUUUGUCUUCGGAAUUGUCAAUACUUCCUUCCUCAUCGUCAGCAGACAAACAGGAUGCAUCACGUUCCUUCCAUAUCCCACCAAGAAUUCCUGAAAGUGAUUCAAAUUCUGAUGAAGGUGAUAUUACCAGAACACCAAGAAGAAAACAAAAUACUCCAGGAGGCGAGCUUAGUGUUGCUGAAGAUUCAGAUGCUGAAACUGUCCAUGGUGACUCUCCUCCAAAACCGAGAAGAGGUAGAUUAGUUAGAAAAUCUGAAAUGGGAUCAGAUGUUUCUGACAAGAAAACGGCAUUAGAAGGCAAUCAUCAAGAUUUGGACUCCUCAUCAUAUCACAAAAAGUUAAUAUUGGGAAAGUUGGAAAGAAGAAGUCAGUCUAAAUCAGUUUCACCUCAAAGACAUAGUUCAACAGCAAAGAGAUCCAAAGGAAAAGAUCAAAGUGGACGAGCAAAAUUACAAAGAGCCUGUGAUAAAGGAAAGUUAGAAGAGGCUAAAAGAUUACUUGAAGAAGGUGCUGAAGUUAAUGAUCAAGAUAAUGCUGGUAAUUCUGCAUUACACGAUGCUGCAUUGAAUGGACAUACUAAAAUCGUGGAAUUACUACUGCAACAUAAUGCUCAUAUUAAUCUUAGAUCGGGCCCUGAAGUCCUUGAUACUCCAUUAAUUGAUGCUGCUGCUAAUGGACAUAUUUCUACAGUGAAAAUGCUUUUGAAAUAUGGGGCAGACCCAAGGAUUCAAAAUAGCCAUGGACAGAAUGCUCUUGACUCUCUUGAAGAUUCACAUCCAAAUACCCCUGAAUUGAAAGUGAUAUUGAGGGAAGCAACAUUGGCAUUGAAGUCAAAACAAAUUGAUGUAUCAGGAACAGCAUCUGAUUUGGGAGAUUCGAGUUAUGAUGAAGAUCGUUCAAAUUCGCAUUCUAGAAACAAUCCCAGAUCUCGUAAAAGAGGUCCUAGAAAUGAUCUGCUACUUGUCGAUUUUACCACAAAAGAGGGUAGAGAAGCGGUUUUUUCAAAAGCUAGUGAUGGUGAUGUUCAAUUCGUUGGUACAUAUCUUGAAAAUGGUGGUCCUCCUGACUCUGAAGCAUUAGCUCUCGCUGCUAAAUUUGGUCAUACUGAAGUUGUCAAUUUAUUUCUUGCAUUUGGUGCAAAAAUUGAUGUUACCGAUGAAAAAGGUUUAACUCCUUUGAUGCAAACCGUUGGACGUGGUCAUAUUGACACUGUGAAGUUAUUGUUACAAGCUGGUGCUGAUCCGGCAAAGCUUUCAAGAGAUAAUAAAAGUGUGCUGGAAAUAGCUAAAGAUUCUUUAAUAUCUGAUGAAGAGGAAAUCAGAUUGUUGACUGAUGCUUUAAACAAGGUUUCAAAUCAAUCAAAUCCAGGUGCUAAAAGCUCUAAUGAUACUAAAGUUAAGAAAAGAAAAAUUAGCUUGAAAGAUGAACAACAAGAUACACAUGAACUGAAAAAGAAAAAACAUCACAGUAAUCAAAAGCAACAACAUGAACGCUCAUCUGCUCCUGCAACUGAAACAAUGAAGGAAAGGGAUCAUAAAGUGGAAAAAUCAAGAUCUCAUGAAGUUAUCAAACCAAAACCUGUUGAAUCUAAAUUUUCGGGUCCAAAAUCAGAAUCUAUGAAAAGAACACAUAGCAGUGAUGCAAAAGAUCAUGUCAAAGUCCAAAAAAUUGACCAACCUGUGGAAUCUUAUGAAGAAAAACAAGCUAGAUUGAUCAAAGAAAAAGAAGAAUUGAGAAAGGUUGAGGAAGCUAAUGAAUUGAGAGCUGCUAAAGAGAAAGAGGAUGCUAAGAAGAGAGAUGAAAAAGAAAAAGAAGAAGCUCAAAAACGUAAAUUAAAAGAAAUAGAAGAUGCAAAGAAGCGUUUAGAAAGAGAGAGGGAAGAAUCAAAGAAACGUGAAGAAUUUGAAGCUAUUAGAGCAGCUAAGCGUAAAGCUAGAGAACAACAAUUCCUGAAUGAUUUUGAAACUGCUGAGAAAAAGAAGGAAGAAGAGUUGAAGAAACUUGCUGAGUUGCAAGCAGAGCGUAAAUUGAAAGAAGCUCAAGAAAAUGAAGCUAGAGCCAAGAUGGAGGAAGAGAAAAAACAAAUCAUGUCCCAAAAGGAGGAGAUUGAAAGACGUCGCAAUAUUAGAAGUCAAUAUCCUUAUGGUUUACAAAAGGCAACAUUUGAUGGUAGCAGAACAAAAGAAGAAGUUUUGGCUUAUUUACCACUUUACCAUUUUGAAAAAGAUGGGGUUCAAUAUUGUGCUGACUUACAGGUUAUAAUGAUCUUAGGUAUUGAAAAAUUUUAUGACAAAUAUCAAGAGUUGUCAAAUAACAAAAAAUCAAUCGAAGAAAAAGAAAAGACACCAUUAUUUAAUUAUUUUUAUCCAUUUUUAGGAAACUUCAGUUUCAGAUCAACUUCAAAGCAAAUGGAAAAUUUCAAUGAAGAGUUACAAAAAUUUACAAAGUUGAACAUCAAUUGGAUCAAUUAUGAAGACGUUUUGAAAAUUAUCAAACAAGAUUUUGAACCCAUUUAUGAUGUUGUUAUUACAAGAACUCUGGCAAUUGAUUUGAAUCAUGGUCAAGAUUCAACAGCUGCGGUGACUUCCAACUCUACAGGAUUUAUCACUCCAAAAGUUGAAUCGGAACCUGUUUCAAGAAAAGUUUCAUCAAGUUACCCAUCAAUUACUAAGAGAUUGCCUUUAUUAUUGAGAAAUAGACCUGCUGUUCUAAAAGCACUUUCAAAGAAUAAGAAGCUGUGGUGA